CUGAAAGAUAGAUGUUUCCAAGCGACUCUACUCUCUCUACGCUGCACUCUGCCAGCCUGUUUUGAAGUGUAAAAAAAUACCGCUGAGCUACUUUCAAGGAUCAAGUUGACUUACUUACUUCUUGCCGUGGUCCUAAAACGCAACAGAAAACAAGAUGUCUUCGUCCUCCUCCUGGAAUCCGCCUACGCGGCUGCGUAGCACCCAGAAGAUGUACAGUCUGGGCGUGCCAAGAACUACCUGCGAGAAUACUGUGGCUGGGUCGCGAACGAUCAUCCUCGACAAUAAGGGGAAGCCCGUGAAUAAAAUUCUCGACACUUCUUCUUCUUCUCCUGCUGGUCCACCUUUUCCGAAUGGUGCAGGAGGUUCGUCAAGUACCACCAGACUGCAAGUGCCAUCGCCUGGGAAACAAGCUGGAGGGUCGUCCUCGACGGCGCGUGGGUCGUCGUCCCCGAACGGAAAUUACCCAGGAAAAACAGUGUCACAGUUUUUUUUACUAUGUUGUUCGUUCGUUCCACCAGCACGGCGACAAGCUACUUUCUCUGCCAGAAGUGAGGGGAGAACGUGCAAUGCAGAGAUCAUAAGGUUGAAAAACGCGGACAAAAAGAAAAAACCUGCUACAGAGCUUGUCUGUUUUGCUUGUGCGACACAGUGUGUAAAGAACUGUGACACAACUGUCUUACUUUCCAUAGCAAGGUAGCAUCUUCCGGUACUCGCACAUCCGCAUCGCCGAAUAGUACAAGAGGACCACUAGCACAACAACGGAGCAGCUUCAGAUCACCCAAUGGCAAGACAAGUUCUUCAUCAUCAUCUUCGUCUUUCCUGGGAAACAGUCGAAACUCGCCGAACCGGAACCUAUCGAACCCGCCGCGCUCACCCGGAGAAGGCUCGGUCAGGGAGGGGAAGAUAAAGGGCAGCACGGCGAGAGUAGCAGACCGGAUACAGGCCUUUGAGAAAACGAGGUGGAACAGCAGCACGAGGGUCGGGGUUGGAGGUACUAGAACGUUGCGUACGAUAAAAUUCUUGCGAUUGUUCAUUUAUUGCUCGCGUUCUUUGCGUUUCUUGCAACCUUCGUAUACUAGGGAAUAGAAUUUCGUUUGUACACUAGUACGGAGUCAUACAUGCACUUCCCGGGCUGCCCUCGUCGAAUCCGAAAUUCGGGGAGAAUCGUCGUGUUUAAUCUCUCUAACCAACUACAGGAGCCCGCGGCGCCACGCCCGGCGCGAGCGCGUCCUCGUCUUCCACUGCAUCGCCUAAACCAGCAGCGGCGGUAGAGCAGAGUAAAGACCAACAUCGGAGCGUCUCCAGGUCGCUUCGCAGCUGUAAACAGGAGGCGUCGAUGACGGUUUCUUCCUUUCUCCAGCCGCCGAAAUCCCCCGCCUUGUUGCAAAAGCCGAAUGCGACGUCGAGGAAUGCGAGUAUGUCCAGCUCUUCGAGGCAACCGCUGAAGGAAAGAUGGCCGCCGUCGGCCACAACGUCGCAGCACAGUGGAAUGAAACUGAGGUCGCCAACGCCGUCUGCAGCGUCUGCGAAUAAAGCACAGCAGCUCACAGCCAGUCGCUUGUCUCCGCAGCCCUCGCACAGAACCGUCUCGCCCACCCCAGCGUCCUCGUCGUCCAGGUUGCAUCAGACCACGGCCGCAGCCGCAAACAAGGUGUCGCCGAGAGGAGGUGCAGCAGCAGGAGGAGUUUAUUCAGUAACUUCUACAGGUCCCCGUGCGCCCCCGGGGGCUUCCUCGAGAAGCACGUUGAGCGCAAGUUCGUUGUCGUCCACCACAGCAAAAAAUAACGUGACAACUCCCCGACUCGUCGCAACUGGUGCGUCGACGGCGAGCGCAAAGCGCAUGAAUCUGGGCGACCACCGGGUUUUCGAGCCGCCAGCGAGACCGGUGUUGGCAUCGUCGUCGUCCACCUCGCGGAUGUUGAGCACGUCGAGGACAUCAGACCUGCUGCAAACAAGCAAAUCCCCUGGUCUCACUGCCUCUCCGGCCUCCUCCACGACAACGAGUAGAGACAAGUGGGUUUCUCCGCGGCUGAAGAAACAGCAGCACGAGCCAGGCCUCGUGAAAAGGUGCAUUGAGAAACUCACGCAGCGGCAAACGCCGAGUCCCACGGGGAGGGCUCCUUUACUGACGCCGAGGCAGGAAGAUCCGUUGACAACUUCCACAGCGAGCUCCAGACUUGUUGUGUCUCCCACCGCGGCACCAGCGCGGGGGAGUCAAGAGAAGAGCAAAAAUACUCUCACUCUUCCCUCACCGCCGAACAGGGCACCCUCUGCACGGAAUAUUGACAGUUCCGCAGAAGUUCUGAUUUCGGCACGAUCUUCUUCUGGAAGUACUACUGCAGGAGCCGCGGCCCACAUUUUCGGCAACGCGAAGCAGAGCCCGCGGGAGAGCACGGCGAGCCGCGGGAGCGUGAAAAUCAGCUGUGGAGCUGCGAGUCGAUCAAGCAGUAAGAACUCUGUUGCUAGUCACGCGAGCAGUUCGCGUACCUCUUCGUCUCGAGUAGUAAGGGAAAACAAAACGCCAGGCGCUUCUGCUCCCUCCGCUGAUUCUGUCGAGAUGACCACGACAACUCCGACCUCCGAGAAGAAGGACAGCGCCAUUCUGGCCGCGUUGCGGAAUCUCCGCCCGAUUUCCCAAGCCUCCACAUCCGUGUCCACUGCAGGGUCGAAUUCCGUCAGUGCAGGUAGCUGCAGUACCACCUCCCGGGGAGGAUCAUCUAGUAGCGCUGGACGACGAGGGCCGGAGUUUCAUACUUCCUCUACUAGUUGUAAUUCGACGGUAGAACUACAGGAUCAGGAGCAACUUCUGCACAGCCGCGACCAACAUGAUCCCAGGACCACGGAGCAGCAUUCCAUGGUCCUAGUGCCCGCAAACAACCUGUCCUCACCGUUGAUCGGAAAAAACCUGCUGCGAGGAAGCGACUUCUCCGUUUCCUCAGUCACAUCCAACGACCCUUGCUCAUCAAAUAGCGCGGCCGUCGUGAGCUUCGGCUUUGACCACAGCAGGACAAAGAUUGACACCCACCACUUGAGGAGCUCUAAUAAUGGUUCAUCACUCUUGUCCCCGCCGCCGGCCGCGGCCGCGGACCGGAAGAGCCGGAGCAGCGGAAAGUCGGGCCGCAGUAGUCGGAACUCUUCGUCGCUCUUGACUUCGAGGAGCUCUGGGACCUCGAGGUCCAGCAGGACCAGCAGCUACUCCAGCAGUUGUUCCGGCUCGUCGUCUCGGGGCAGCACGCCCUCGAGAAGAAGGAGCGCCAGUGUGAGAGAGAGGUAUAUUAUAGGAUCCAGAUUGAGACUCGUCGUCACGGCCUGUCGUUUGGAGGAUCCUACUACUUUUUGGCAAAAAGUUAAUAGAUAUCCAAAAGAAUUAUGCUCACCAAAAAUCAAAUCUGCAGCCCGUCCUCUUCCUCCAAAGUGGCGCAUUCCCCGCACCGUGAACGCGACGCCCAGCAGCAAAUUGUAACUUCCAGCAGCAAGAAAGACCAUCGUCGCCGUUCCUCCACCGCAUCGUCCUCCAUGUCCUUUGACCCCUGGGACGGGUUUCCGCUGUACGAAGAUAUGAUCCGCCGCUCCGUUUACGAUCUCGGGUUCGAUCCGGCACUGUCCAACGUGGAAACCCGCCCGACCGAACAGGUGCGGUCGAAAGAAGGGGCGAAGGCGGACGCGCAGCUGGAGGACGUGCGGAAAAUGCUGUCUGGUGGCUCGUCCGCGGGUGGGCAGAUAGGGAACAACAGUGGGAACGGUGGAGGCGGGGGUCGGGCGAGUAAAGGGUCGUGCAAGAAUUAUAAAGAUGGCACCAACAGUACGCAAAUCAUGGACAGCUUCUGGGCGGACGGGUUUGGGGACGGGAUAGGAAAUGCGACCGCGGUGUCCUUCGGGUUUUAGGGUGGAAUUACGGUAGUGGAGACUGUCAGGGAGAUACUGCUCUGUUGAGGACUUCAGAUACUUAGCUUCACAAUUUUCACAUUUAUUGCAACUUGACUAACACAGCCCGAUUCUGCCGCAUUUGAAAAGAGACUUUUUUCCGCAUGGUUCAUCUACUUUCUGAACCAAAGACAACCUGUUCUAGCCGCAACGAUAGAAAUAGCAAGUCUUGAGCUUUAAGACCAGCCGCACACUACUGAUUUGAAGACUUUUUGUAGGAAGAACUGGCGAAGAAGAAGGUGUUGAAGUAGACUUCAAGCUUUCGCUUGCUAUCAGAAAUGAACAUUGCGUGUGGAGCAGCUGGCAGCUGAAGUUUGUUGCAGCCACAAAUGUACACAAAAAAGGAUUUGAGAUGGGGCAAGUCUGCCUAUGCUGGUUUCCGUUGAGGGCAAAACUGCUGCGCACUGUUUUGGUGAUGAAGCUGCUAAACCUGUGGCAAGAAGAACAGCCGACGCCACAGAUGGC